GUUUAUCUCAGCUUCCCAAGCCAUGGUGAUAGCUCAUGUGGUAUUCGGUUGUUUCUGUUGCAAAUGGCUUCUCCCUGCUUCGUCAACGUCAGCUCAACCUGUGAUAAGUUCGAUAUGGAGCACUUAAGAAGACUCUUCCCCCCCCUUUCCGUUCUACAUCAUCCAAUAAGUUAUCGACAUCAAACCACCUGCCAAGACUAAGUCUGGCUUCAACGUUGGGCAAUCAAUCUGCAACAAUGGCCAUCAAAGACGCAUCAGAGACCAUUGACAUCAAGCUUGAAGACAAGGAGCUCGACAAAACAGACCUUGCCUCAGUUGCCAAUGGAGCCAUCCUGAGUCGUGAUCUAACACCAGAGGAGGAUCGAAGAAUCUUGCGGAAAGCAGAUCUUCAUCUGCUUCCUAUCAUGGCAUUUGCCUACCUCUUCCAGUUCCUAGACAAGACUGCACUUAGCUACACAGCAAUUCUCGGACUUCGCGAAGAUCUCAACCUCAAAGGAGAAGAAUAUGGCUGGGCAUCUGCGAUCUAUUACUUUGGGUUCCUCGUCGCAACAUAUCCCAUUGCUGGUGUAUUGCUUGUUCGAUUGCCCAUCGCAAAGGUCAUCGCUGUUACCGUGUUUAUCUGGGGAGCCAUCUUGAUGUUCACGGCUCUUUGUCGCAACGCCAAAGAUCUACUUGCAAUUCGUUUCUUUCUCGGUGUGGCUGAGACUGCGAUUGCUCCCGGUCUUUCUAUGAUUGUGGCGAUGUGGUACAAAAGAUCAGAGCAGCCAUUACGCCAAGGUGCUUGGUUCCUCGGAAACACGUCUGCAGGUAUCCUUGGUGGCCUUAUCAGUUAUGGCUUUGGUGAAAUCAACACCUUUUCUCCUUGGAAGGCCAUCUUCAUCUGCUUUGGAGCAUUGACAAUAGCUGUUUCCAUCAUGGUUUUACUUUUUCUCCCCGACACGCCCGCAAAUGCUCAUUUCCUGACCAAAUACGAGAGAGCUCAAGCCGUCGCUCGUGUUGAGACAAACAUGACUGGCAUCAAGAAUGACAAGUGGAAGAGGGAGCAGGUUAUGGAGGCACUUUGCGAUCCAAACGCCUGGCUCCUCGUGGUCAGUUAUCUCGCUUCAGUCAUCCCCAACAAUGGACUUCUAACGUUCAAUACUAUUGUUAUCCAGGGCUUUGGCUUUUCUGUGCUGAAGACGCUCCUUCUCAAUAUCCUGCCAUCUGUCUUUCAGCUGGUCUUUGUUCUCAUCUCUGUAACUGGAAGUACUUAUCUUCCAAACACUCGGCUACUGUUCAUGACUUUCAAUGUCAUUGUCAGCAUCGUUGGGGCUGUGAUGGUGCGUGAGGUUGAUUCAGCCCAUAAGUGGACUCGCGUUAUGGGUUGUGCUCUCGGUGUUGCCUUUACAGCCAAUUUCCCCAUGACAAUGGCUAUGGUAUCAAGCAAUUUCGCGGGCUUUACUAAGAAGACUACAGUUAGUGCUAUGGUCUUCAUCGCAUAUUGUGCUGGAAAUAUUGUUGGUCCUCAUCUGUUCUUCCCUUCCGAGGCCCCUGGAUACAAGUCUGGAUUCCUGGCUGUCAUGAUUUGCUUGGCAGUUUCUGCGGUUCUCUGCAUUAUCCUGCGAUUCUAUCUCAUCUGGGAGAACAAGAAGCGGGACAAUGCUGGAGAUGCCAUUGAGGGACCAUUGGAAGGAAUCAAUCUUAGCGACAAGACAGAUCAAGAGAUCCCCCAGUUCCGUUACGUAUAUUAGUUGGGCUGCUGACUCCAGAGGGUAUUACACACGCAUGUGCUUGUGUCAUAUUAGGCUAAAGUGGCGCAUGGCAAGAAAAGACCUUUAUCCUAGAUAACCAAGCUUCAGAUCAGCUUUCGAUACAUUUGCUUUUACAAACCCUAA